AAAAAUAUUGCCCAGCAUAGCUUCCACGGGAUAUAGAAACCCUUUCAUAAUGCCCAAUUCAAAGCUUCUCGACACUGAACUAGGUGGUAAAAGCACACAGUACGAAUCCAUUCGGACAUUUACAGAACCGCCUGCUAAGCAAUCGGGUCAAUUGGGAGCCGGUGUUCAGCAGACGGUUAGCGGCGAGAGUGAUUUAUUCGGCGACAGCUACAGAGAACCGAAUGACAAUAGGGCAUCGGAGGCUGAUGAUAAGCUUGCAAGGGAACAGUGCUUUGGGGGUAUGACAGGGAAUAUUCAGGGUGAAGUGGAUAAAGAUUUGAAGCCAGGAUCCCAGAAAGAUGGUGCCACGACAGUAAAAACUAGGAGACAGCUGGGGUAUGGGCCUGGUUCCGGCAUCGGGGCUUAAGAUGCGGGAUGGAAAUGGUGUAGUUUGGAAACAUAAAGGAAUAGGGACAAAUAAGGAGCAAUUUAACAUCGUGAGGGGCUAAUGUACAGCGUAAAGGGGCUUAUUUAUUGAGAGGCAGAUAGAUCCGACGAGUCGGUUUUUGGAAGCGGAUUAAGCUUCUCUGCACCGAGAGGCGGAUUUCUGCGUGCACGCUUCAGGCUCUCCAAAGUGACACCGUUACCAAGUUUUGUCAGGCCAACAACGGGAGGAUCAUCCUUUUUCACAAACUCCCAAAGGCCUGAUCCAUAUGAAUCUUAGUUAGCAUCAAGAAAUGCAAAUUCAGAUACCAACAUAAAGAGAUAG